AUGAAGGCGUACGGCGUGGAACACGAGUUUACCGAGAACGAACAGUUACUUAGCGACAUCUUGGACAUGAAUUUGGACGAAGAUAUGAAGCAGACAAAGAAGAAAACAGACGAUGAGACCCGAGGAAAGGAAAUCAGGAAAAAAGCUUUGGAGACGCUUACAGAACGAAAAGAUGGAGGUGACGGUGAAACUAAGCCUGCGCCGAAACGCCAGAAGACCACCUCAGGCCAGGUACUCGAGUUCAUGGCGGAGAAAGCAAGUCAUGAGCACGAAUUAAAGGAAGAAGAGCUUAAAUUAAAGAAACAGCAACUUAAGCUUGAAGAGGAAAGGUUCAAAUUGGAUCGGGAAGAACGACAGAAACGUAUGGAAAGGGAGGACCAGGAGGGGCAACUUUGA